UCAUACGCGUUUCAUUUCACGUGAGGGUCGUGUUUUUCUGAUUUCGAUUUGUUGAUUAAUUCUAUUUUUUCACGUUAGGAGAGAACAAGAAUUUUCCUUAUAAUUUCUUUUUAAGUGCGACAUACAUUUUAUUUCGAGUGAAAACAACACGAAAACAAGUGUUUAAUAUACUUUUUUAACUUCUUCCGAAGAACAAAAAGAAUUUCAAAAUUUUGCCGGCUAAAAUAAUGGCGAUAGCUAUAGAAAAUCGUUGGAAAAAAGCUAUGCUUAUGCCCCUUCCAGAUGAUUUCCUCCGUUUUGAGGUGGCCAACAAUAUAUCUGCCGAUGCUCAGGCCGCCAUGGCUCUCUAUCGACAACAAAUGCCCCAAUAUGUUGCACCAAAUCAUGUGGGACGCUUGAGCAUAACAUGUGCCCAAGCAAAGUUGGCCCGUAACUAUGGCUUGACUCGUAUGGAUCCCUAUGUACGCAUACGCGUUGGUCAUUAUGUCUAUGAAACCCAUACCGAUCCAAAUGGCGGUAAAAAUCCCCGCUGGAAUCGUGUCAUCCAAAGUCAAUUGCCGGUGGGCGUGAAUACCAUGUAUGUGGAAAUAUACGAUGAGUGUAGCUUUAAAAUGGACGAAUUGAUUGCCUGGUGUGAGAUUAAAAUACCCGAGCGUGUUUUUUCCGGUGAGACGCAUGAGGAAUGGUAUACACUGAGUGGAAAACAGGGUGAUGGUCUCGAAGGAGCCAUAGAUAUUGUCUUAAGCUUUUCCAAUCAACCCAUCCAACCAUAUCUAUAUCCAGCAGCAGCUCCUAUGGUUAUGGUACCUGGCAGGCCUAUGCCCAUUUUUGUGCCACCACCACAGCAACAGCAACCAGAUGUGGGACAACAGCCGGUGGUGGUGCCCCCGCCUCAAUUAAGUGCCGAAGAAUUGAAACAAAUUCAGGAAAUGUUCCCCAAUAUUGAUACGGAAGUUGUGAAGACGGUCUUUGAGGCUAAUCGUGGUAACAAAGAUGCCACCAUUAAUUCUUUGCUUCAAAUGAAUGAAUAGAAAUGAUGCACGGAAGGAAUGAAGGAUAGAUUUACGGAUUAAGCAGCUGUAAUAAGGAUUAAAUUUCAUUGCCUACAAGCGAAUAUAUAAAUACAUACAUAUAGAGAUAUAUACAUAUACAUAAAACGAAUGUUAAUUUCCUUAUAACAUACCAAUUUUACGCUCAUAUUAUUUCAAACGUAUUUAAAUUCUGUCAUAAAUAUACACAAUAUGAAUAUGAUACCAAAAA